AUGGCCAGCAGACAAUACACUUACUCAGGUGGCCAAAAUAAUCCGCCUAAUAUUUAUGAUCAGCCUAGUUAUGGCUCCUACCAGAUGAAUCAUCCUAAUGGCUAUGAUGACCAAAAUGUUCUUAGCGUAAGGGAAAUGCCAUAUGUUAACCGCAUGGACAAAGAACAUCAAAAUGUCAUAAAGGAAAUAUUUGAAGUGAAAGAUUUAUUUAUGGAGAUGGCAGUUUCCAACGAACUUUUGGUCCAACAUUUGCGUGAAAUCUCCAUGCGACUUGCGACCGAAGAGCAAGUUCUUAGCCAACAAGAUGAGGGGCAAACUCUAAACCCCAACCUUAAUUCUCAGUCACAAAAGGAAAAUUCUCAUGUGGUUGCAAGUCGGCCACCCAUUCCACCUACUCCUCUAGAGGAAAGUGAGGUUAGUAGGGAAUAUAAGAAUGAGAAAGAGAUGGGUGAGACGAUGUUAGGAUCAAAUGUUCAAGUCGACCAUCCUAUUGAGAGCUUGACAUUGGUUGAGGAAAAGGAGUACACCCAAGGGGAUAAGACCCAAAAGAUGGCCACAGAUGAAAAUUGCAAUACGGUCCAACCCAAGGCCACUAUCCUAGGAUGUAAUAACUUACCACCUAGUGAAGAAGGAGGUCGAAGCACGACCCAAGGUGGAAUCAUAAUAGACAUGAUUGUAGGAGAAAAACUAGACAUUGCGAGACCACAAUUGCAAGUGGUCAAGUUUAUUGAGCCCCAGCCAAAGGCCAAGAUUGGCCGACCAAAUGGACUUGGGGGGCAUGAAGGGUCGGCCAAAGUGAUGGCCAAAAGUCAUCCGGGUAGUUCUAGUCAUCCUGAUAUUUUAACCCAUCGCCAACAAAAUGGCAAAAUCCAAGUCAAGAAUAGGAAGGGCUCCAAGCUUGGAGUAAAACAUGGUUGGCCACCACCAUGGUCUCCAUGA